AGUCAAAAGUCGGAAGGCGAAGACAUCAUCGGACGCAGCAUGGGGGGAAUCCUGCAGCGCAUGCUCCAAGCCUUCUACACGAAGAAGCUCGAGGUCGUCCUCGUCGGCCUCGAGAACAGUGGCAAGACGACGCUGCUCAACGUCAUGGCCAUGGGCCACCCGGUCGAGACGUGUCCGACGAUUGGCCUCAACGUCAAGCUCGUGAAGAAGGGCGGCGUGCAAAUGAAAUGCUGGGACAUUGGCGGCCAAGCGCAGUACCGAAGCGAGUGGGGCCGGUACACCCGCGGCUGCGAUGUCAUUAUUUACGUCGUCGACGCCAACGCGUUUGACCAAAUCUCGCUCGCGCGCAAGGAACUGCACCGCCUCUUGGAAGAUCGCGAGCUGGCGACGACGCCGCUGCUCGUGCUCGCCAACAAGAUUGACUUGGAGCCGCACAUUUCCGAGCCCGAGCUCAUUCGCGAGCUCAACCUCGACUACAUUGUCGACAACCCGUGGCUCGCCAUCCCGAUCUCGGCGCUGCGCCUCGUAAAUAUCGACCAGGUCAUCCAGUGGUUGAUGAAGCAGUCAGGGAAGGGCUAAGUACUUAUGGGAAUGCACGAUGACGUGGACCAUCAUGAAUUAGCAUCUCCUCUAGUUUUGCAAAAGACCAUAUAAAAAGACAACGAGAUGCCCAUAUUGCAUGU